GUGAAGUCCUGAACGAGGAGCAGUGUCAAGAUGAUCGUCUUAUGGAUGACAUUGUUUGUUCUUGGUCAAGGAUAUUCUCUGGUUUCAGUGAAAACAGUUCAACUUGGUGAACCAGUGACCUUAACAUGUGCUUUACCCGAAGGGCUCCAGAGUGGAGAAGUCCACUGGUACAAGCAGAAUCACGGGGAUACCCUAAAGUUAAUUAUGACAUCGUUUAAAUCUACACCACCAGAGUAUGGUCCUGCAUUUUCUAAAUCAAGAUUUAAGGUAGAUAAAGAUAACAAUUUCAGCAAUGUGACCAUUUUGAAGACCGUCCAAGAGGACGAGGGAAUCUAUCACUGUGGGCUCACAGAGUGGAUUAGGACUAACUGGAGUGGCACAUAUUUGUUUGUAAAAGGUAAGUGUACAUCCUCAUUUACAAUUUUUUUGAGCUACUAUGACAGCGUAAUGUCUUUGCAUUUUUAUUUCACAGGAAACAAUCAGAAAACAUCAGUAGUUGUUCAACAGCUGAUAGGAUCAAAUCCACUCCAUCCAGGAGAGACACUGACUCUCCAGUGUUCAUUCUUUGACUCUGUCAACAAGACGUGUCCAGGAGGUCUCAGGGUUCUCUGGGUCAGAGAGUCACAAAAAUCUCAUCCAGUCAUCUACGGUAAUAUAAAUACACAUAAUGAAUGUGAGAAAAGAUCUGAUACUCAGGAGAGAUGUGUUUAUCGCUUCUCUAAGAACGUCAGCUCCUCGGAUGCUGGGACUUACUACUGUGCUGUGGCCACAUGUGGGGAGAUAUUAUUUGGAAAUGGAACUACACUGAAACUUGAGCAAGCCAAAAAAUUGGAGUUACUUCAAAUGGCCUUAAUAGUCUUUUUGGCCAUUUCUGUCAUUGGGAAUAUUUUCCUCAUUUGCAAACGAAGAAUAUGUACACCAAUUAAAGAAAGUGCAAUAACUGAAGCACAAAAUGAUGCCUUACACCAACUGACCGAAGCUGACGAAGAACUAAACUAUGCUGCACUAAAUUUCUCUGAAAGAAAAACUCGAGGAAGAAAGAAGCGAGAGCCCGCUGAGGAGAGCGUCUACUCUCAAGUUAAAUGAUAGAACUGAAAUUUCAAGUGAGCCUGACAUCCUGUUACAGAACCUGUGUUUGAAACUCUUUGAUUUUACGCUUUUUAACUUAAAGGUCUGUUUUUUACUUAUUAUAUUUGGACUCUCAAAGCCUGUAACAUAGUUUUGUUGCAUUUUUUGUCAUCCCUGAUUGAACUGUAUGAACUUGUCAUCCUUUCUGCAA